AUGGCGAAGAACAAAUUAAGAGGGCAGAAGUCCAGGAAUGUAUUUCAUACAGCCAGACAAAAAAACUUUAAGGCUAAAAACAACACAAAACCAGUUACCACUAAUCUUAAGAAGAUAGAUCAGCUGAGUGAUGAAAGUGAACCAGUUAAUGUUGAUGAAGCUACAAGAUUAAGGACUCAAUUGUAA